GGCCUGGACUCCACGGGACGCACCGAGGGCAGGAGGCUGAGGAUCCAAACACCUGGUGAUGAGAAGAGCGCCGACACUCUGCUCUCAUCCAGCCAUCAGCUGACAGCCAGCGAGCUGCUGCAGAGCAGGAUGUUAUGACGAGGAGCUGGAGGCGUCGGAGCACUUCUACCGCUCUCAGCCGCAGCUCCUCCAGCUCUGCUACGCUCUCUACAACGUGCUGGUGGCUCACUCUGAGAUGGUGUGUUAUCUGGUCAUCAUCCUCAACCACAUGAUCUCCGCAUCGGUGGCCACGCUGGUGCUGCCCAUCCUCAUCUUCCUCUGGGCCAUGCUGUCUGUUCCCCGGCCCAGCAAACGCUUCUGGAUGACCGCCAUCGUCUACACCGAGGUCACCAUAGUCUUCAAGUACUUCUUCCAGUUCGGCUUCUUUCCGUUUAACCAGAGCAUAGAGCUGGACAAAUCCAAACCCUUCCACCCGCCCAACAUCAUCGGUGUGGAGAAGAAAGAGGGCUACGUCCACUACGAUCUGAUCCAGCUGCUGGCGCUCUUCUUCCACCGCUCCAUCCUGAAGUGCUAUGGUCUGUGGGAUGAAGAUGAGCCCAGGUCAGGAGGUCAGACUGCGAUGUCUCAGCACACUGAUGCAGACAGCCGAGAGAAAGAGAAAGAGAAAGAGAAGAGCCCCACACACACCCGGCUCCACAGCAGCUCCGCGGUGCGCAGGCAGAGCUCCAGCGUCUCGCAGCGCUCGGCCCGAUCUAAAGCAGGCAGCAGCGGCACGAGGACGAGUCUGCGGUCACUGAGCGCUCAACAGAAGAGCCGCAAGCAGCUCAUUAUAGAGAAGCUCAGAGAACAGAUCAUCAAAGCAAAGCGCUUCACUGUCAAAACGAUUCUGGAUAUCUACAUUCCCAUUCGGCAGUUCUUCUAUAACCUGAUCCACCCGGAGUACAGCGCCGUGACCGACGUCUACGUGCUCAUGUUCCUGGCCGACACGGUCGACUUCAUCAUCAUCGUUUUCGGAUUUUGGGCUUUCGGGAAACACUCUGCUGCGGCUGACAUCACUUCCUCCCUGUCAGAGGACCAGGUUCCCGAGGCCUUCCUGGUGAUGGUGCUGAUCCAGUUUGGGACGAUGGUGGUGGACCGUGCGCUGUACCUGAGGAAGACCGUGAUGGGGAAGGUCAUCUUCCAGGUCAUCCUGGUCUUCGGCAUUCACUUCUGGAUGUUCUUCAUUCUCCCCGGAGUCACCGAGAGGCGUUUCAGUCAGAACACAGUUGCUCAGCUCUGGUACUUUGUGAAGUGCAUCUACUUCGGUCUGUCGGCGUAUCAGAUCCGCUGCGGUUACCCCCACGUGCUGGGCAACUUCCUGACCAAGAGCUAUAAUUACCUCAAUCUCUUCCUCUUCCAAGGGUAAGACCUUCCGCUGGACUCAUUACAGUCUGUUCAUCACAGAGACUCCCGUCCUGACAUUUACAACAUAUUAAAGCCAUUCUUCAUGUGGAUGACCACAAAUGUAUUCAAUUCUACACUGUGAGUAUUAUAAUACUUCUGUUCAUCAAGGACGCAUUAAAUUGAUCAAAAGUGACAG